GUUAGUUCGGUGCAAAACUGCUGGAAACAUGGACCAUCGUGGACGCCCCGGGGAGGAGCACCUGCUGGCCAGAGUCAGGCGGUGGAUAGGUAGCUUCUUUUCACCCUCCAAUGAUGACACCAAGCUUCCUGAUGCUGAAGAGAACAGGAUCAUCAACAACUCCCCACUGCCCCCCGAUGGCCAAGAAGAGGAGGAAGAGAUAAUAGAUGUUGUUGGUUUAGAUGAUGAUGUGUUUCAGGUGGCUGAGCCUCAUAGAGAUGGAGGAGGUGGUGAGGGUCACGACGACGAGCGUCCCAGGAGCAGGAGAGAAGAGGGAAGAGAGGAGGAACUGAAUCCACUUCAGCAGGGUCCUGUUAUUCGUCCUGUUCCCCUUUAUCCUUCUCCCUAUGCUAAUCCUUAUCAGCUUUUUAAUGCUUUUCCUUAUGCCCCUCCUUAUACUCCUCAUGCUUUUCCUUAUGCCGCUGCUUAUGUUCCUCCAUACGCUGCUGCUUAUGCUCCUUAUGCUUACCCUUACGCUUACCCUUACAUUUACCCUGUUGCCUUCUUUGAUGCAGCCCCUUCUGCUCCUGAGCAGCCAGACCAGGGACUUGAUGCCGCUGGUGUGGAGGAGAUCCCUGUACCUGAGACAUUUGGGUCGCUCAGCUCACAGGAGUGUUUAGGCAGCUCUCUGGAUGAAGAUUCUCCAGCUCCCUCAACUUCUGGCCUCCGGUCUUCCAGGAGGAACCGGGAAGAGAGCGAGGAGGAGGAGGAGCCUGCUGCUAAGAGGCCAAGGUGGUCUGAUGAGAGCAGCUCAGACUAGCUCCACAGCACUCCACAGGGCUGACGAUCCACACCACUGGUAUCAAACCAAAGUAUCUGGUAGGAUAGCCACAGUGAUCCUUUUUACCACUGGCCUCUGCGGCUGGCAGGACCAGCAAUUCACUUGGCCUACAUGUAGCCUUUGCAUCUAGCAGUGCCUGUGACACUCCGGGUAGCGUCUUGCACUGGGGCCUAUCGCUACCUUAUCAUAAUGUGGGUUAUGUUCAUUGAAUUGAGCCUCUUUAAGCCUGAGGACUAGCCCUUGUAUCUGGCUGGGCAAGCAAAGCCCCAGGUAGCUUUUGUGUCUGGCAGAGCUUGUGAAACCCCAUGUAGCGUCUUGCACUGGGACCUUUUUCUACUAUCAUCAUCAACAUUUUGGCACAGUAGUUGGAUCGACAUUUCUUUCACCUUGGGGACUGUCAUUUACGUCUCGCAGGGCUGUUGACAUCCUGUGCAUGUAGUCUUUAUGUCUGGUGGGGCUAUCAACACUCCAUGUAGCGUCUUGCACUGGGACCUUUUUCUACUAUCAUCAUCAACAUUUUGGCACAGUAGUUGGAUCGACAUUUCUUUCACCUUGGGGACUGUCAUUUACGUCUGGCAGGGCUGUCAACACCCCAUGUAGCGUCUUGCACUGGGACCUUUUUCUACUAUCAUCAUCAACAUUUUGGCACAGUAGUUGGAUCGACAUUUCUUUCACCCUGGGGACUGUAAUUGAUGUCCGGCAGGGCUGUCAACACCCUGUGCAUGUAGUCUUUAUGUCUGGUGGGGCUAUCAACACCCCAUGUAGUGUUUAGCACUGGGACCUUUUUCUACUAUCGUCAUCAACAUUUUGGCACAGUAGUUGGAUCGACAUUUCUUUCACCUUGGGGACUGUCAUUUACGUCUGGCAGGGCAGGUAUCUUUCUCAUCACUGGGGGGGUGGAGACACAUACAAGUAUCAGAAGGGCCCAUUGACACACACAGCAUGCUGACAUGUAGCACUUUAGAAUUCAGUGGAGGUUAUGUGAAUCGGAGAAAAUGAAACUCAACCCAUCAGCCCUGAUUUAACAAAGGACCACCUGACCAUUCACCUUGUAUGGAUGAAAAAGAUAAGUACAAUUCUAAUUCCAUGCUUUUCCUGUUUAGCCAUAUAAUUAUAUUUAUAUAUUAAUAUUACCAAGUAAUAAAGAUUUUCCAUUUUACUAACCAAUUGUUACUUCUCACAGGUUCACUGGACAAAAAAGGUGCGUAUGGGCUUUUGACUUGUGAAGAAAACAAUAGAAUGUAAUGUAACAUUAAUGGUGUUACUAACCUUUAUUCUUUUUGUGCUUUACUCCACCACCUGAGCUGCUGCUGU